AGUAUGGCUGCCUCCUGACUCAGGGCUGUGUUUACGACAUCGCGUCGUCGCGCGUGUGAAGCUUGGCACUGUUCAAAAGUGCAGGCUCGUUUCGUUCUUUUAUGUCUGUUUUGUUUUGAUGGCCUCGAAGUCGGCCGUGGCCGUGUGGGAAUGGGAGAACAAGCAGGGUCAUUGGAGACCUUACAACCCUGAUCUCUGCCAGCAACUGGAGAGAGCCUUUUCCAAGGGGCUCAAGAGCGUUUACCUCGGCGAUUCCGAUCCUUCUUUGGCCCCAUUCAUCGUCUAUCUUCAACCAUGUUUCCAGCAGCUCUGUCUAAAUACUGGUUCGACAUGGGGAGUGAGGCGAGAGCUAUACCCUCCACAUUCUCCUCCUGGUCGAGGUAUUCGCUGGCAGUGGGCAGGAGAUAGUAGAGGCCAGUGGCAUUCUUAUGACUCUGCCAUCCAGUGCUUCGUCGAGGAGGCUUGGUCCAAGGGAGAGCCAACGGUGGACAUGGGCUUGCGUUUCCCAUCGCAUCCCUACAUAAUCAAUUUCUGCAACAUGACCCAAAUCAAGAGCACAACUGGAUUCGUUCGCUCUGUCAAGAGAAUUCAGAUGCAAAGUUACCCUUUGGUGAAGGUUGAUGCUUCUGAACCUCUUGCCACUGAUGAACUGGACUUCCCUCACCGGCUUCAAAUACCCCAGAAACCAGGGAAGAAGACCAAGAGCAAGAAGGAGAAGAAGAAGCAGAAGUCAGCAGAAGCAGAAGAUGGGCUUCGUAACCAUGCAGUACAUCAGCAUGCAUCAGGAUCCUCAGCAAAGGAUUUCAUCAAGAAACUGGCUCGUUUGGCUAGCAAGGAUGAUGCAGCCAUCAGCACUGCCCCAAGGAUGGGUCCAUGCAGAGGAACUCUAUCAAGUUCAAGCUUGAAGAGUGGAACCCUGGAACGUCGCCCAAGCCUGGACACCAUCUCAACAUACUUAAGCCAGGACUCAGGGAGCCGAGCUGCACGACCUAGAGCAUCUUCGCUUGCAUAUGGAACAGCAUCCAUCCGAACCCCAUGCUCCUGUCACAGUGAUUCCUAUGAGACAGUGUUCCUGGAUGAUGCAUGCAGCAUGUGCAGCAGCGAACAGGGAAGCAGUGUUGCAUUUGCAGCCUCAGGCUUCCCUACUCGUCGAGGAGACACUCAAUCCCUACCUCGUCGAAAGUCACCCCUGCAGAGGAUGAACACCUCCCUGGAUGCUGAAAGCUUAGGCCCCAGUCCCCAUCGUCAAGAUCUCCUUGUUCCUUCCAUGCUCAAUCAAGAGAAGCAGAUGGAGGAGUUACUAGAUUCUGUGUGUGGACACAUGCGACAUGCAUGCACCUUGCUGGAGGAACAAUGUAUGCUGUGUGGAGAACACACCCGCCCAUCCCGCUCUUCUCCGGUUCUCAUCAUAAAGAAAUGCUUUCAUGUCUUUCAUCAACAGUGCCUCAUUGCCACUUCCAUGGCUCAUACCAAGCUGGAAGUCACUCCAUUGUAG